AUGAACCAUAAUAUCAAGUCAGUGAAUAACGCCCUUUACAAGAGUAAAGCCAGAGGAUUCUCAUUCUUGAAAGGUGAUGUCAUCAACUAUUUGAAGCGGUGUGUCAGCUAUGCUAUCGCUCAAAAUAAGAAUAAUGUAGAAGGUGUUAGAUCUGCCAUUCUCAAUAUUUCAAAGCAUACUUUUGGGGAACAUGAUGGGUGUGGUGAUUGGUGUAAAGCGAAGUCAGAUCCUAACUAUGUGUACAAAUAUUUACCAAAUCAGCAACCGUUCACCUGCCCAGAGUGGCGUCAAGAGUUAGAAGAGCUCCUUCAAAAGCAAGCAGACGACGCGCCACAGCUAGCUCCUGGAGGAAGCACACAGCCUAAUGAAAGCUUCAACCACAUGGUCAACACAAGAGCGCCAAAGAGUCGACAUUAUGCUGGAACUUUAGCAAACAAGAUGCGGGUUGCUUGUGCUGUGAACACAAAGAACAUUGGAUCCGAGCACAUCAACAUAGUCUUUGAGAAGCUCAAAAUGUCACCUUCAGCCACAGAGUUCAGAGCCAAGUUGGAAAGGUCAAGAAUAUGGAAGAGAAGUUACCAGAAGAAGGAUUCUGUGAAGAGAAGAAGACUCUUUUUGAAGAACAAAAAUACAUGGAGAGACUAUACAGCUUCUAGCCAAACUGGUCUCACCUAUGUCAGCGGAAUGUCUUCAGUUAUGGAGAGAGCAGCCUCCGCAGCAUCUAAGGUUGCAUCAGUGCCCUGUUACCUUCCACCGCCUUCUGUCCUGUUGCCUGAAUGUAAAUUGGUCAUUGUUGAUAUUGAAACAACUGGUUUUAGCAGCUCUGACCAGAUUAUCCAGCUGGCUGCAAAAUGCGAAGAGAAGGAAUUCAGUGCUUACAUACUACCAACGAAGAAAGUGCAUCCUAAAGCUUCUGAAAAAACUGGGUUCCGACUCCAAGGUGGAAAGUUGCGGCGUCAUCAACAUUGUAUGCCAACAUGUGAAGCGGGUAAAGCCUGUGCUGACGUUGUGGACUUUCUCUCUUUAUGUGCCAACCAGGUCAUCCUUGUUGGGCACGGCAUUGGUUCCUUUGACUUUCCUAGAAUUUUAAAACUGCUACGUGCCAAAGGCUUGGCAAAGGAAUUUUUGGCUCUUGUUUAUGGAUUGACAAACACUAUUCCACUCAUCCAGCAGGGAACAGUGAAGAAGGAGGAUUGCUUGGCUAAAAUGUAUUUGAAGGGUCCUCAAUGGGAAAAGCUUGUGAAUGGAGCUCAUGAUGCUCUUGUUGACUGCAUCUUGCUGGACGCUCUUCUGAAACAUUUUGCUGUUGGUGAGGUGACUUUGAAAGAGAAAGUACAGCCUAUUCAUCAGUUGCUACAAAAGCAAGCCGCUCUGAAGAAGAAAAUGGAGCACCGCCCAGCUCUUCUGGCAAUGCAAACCUUUGGAGUAUCAAAAAUUAUGAUCGGGAAAAUGGCAGCAACAGGAGUGACAGUAGAAGAGUUGCAGAGUGAGUACCAAACACAUGGAAGAGUUGGUUUGGAAGUUUGCCUUGGAGUGCAACUUGCUGGAAAACCAAGAGUGACUACAAACAAGUCAAUCAUCGACUGCGUGGAGAAGUACCUGCAGAGCGUCUAA